UCCGUUAUUAUAGUCGCUCGCCCCAUUUGGGUUUCCAAACCCAGCAACAAUAGAACAAACACAAACCGUCACAGACAGUCAUUGUUUCAGCCACAGCCAAUCAACGUCGCCGCCUGCGUAGAACAAUGCAUUGUUCAUGAGGGCCUACAUACAUUACAUUCAGAGUGCUCCCGAGAUCUCAAAAGAUUCCCCCCGUUCAAGUUCUUUUUUCCUUUUUUCCUUUCAUUCAGAGCCACUGGGGUAGAAAGAGCGAAGAUUUGCAAGUAAUAUCGAGAGAACAAAGAAAGAGAAGAAGAAGCGAUUGCAGCAGCCAUGAGCAACGCCUACGCUGGCUCGUUUGGCCAAACUCACACUGAUGCCUACCACGAAUCACAACCAUACAACAACAACACUUACGCUCAGUCCGACACGACGACGCUAGAGAACGUCAGAUAUGAAGGAGACGCCCAGAUCGCCGCUCGCAGGGCCAUGUCGAAACGCAACUCACGAUCAUACUCCGCCCGGGUCGCCCGCGUGAAGUCGUGGAAGAAGAAGGAGAGGCUCAUGGGGAAGCCGGCGAAACCUACCAUCGACACGAGCUUCACGAGGCACAAGGGGAUGGUGCCCCGUCAGAUGUACCCGCAGGAGAGCCAUGUUGUCAGCAGGGGUAGCUCAGUGUCGAAGCACAACUUCCUCGGGCUGGGGAGGUCGUCGACGAGGAUGAGGGGACUGGGCAUUAUGAAGGGGACGCCGCAGCCGGAAGUGCCUCGCGAGGAUGUUGCUCAUAAGGACAUCGAGCAUAAGGGUGUGGAAGCUCUGGCACCCGCCGAACAGACGUGGACUGAGAUCUCGCCGUCAGACCGACCCAUUCCAAUCGGUAUCUCCAUCCCGUCCGAUAGCAUCGCGGACUUCAGUCCAUACCAGUCGACUCGCCUGAGAUCGGCAAGUGAUGCCACCUUGGUCACACCCAGCAUCAUCGUCACGCCUGCGGCUGCUAUGAAGUCGGUGUGGUCACCUGACACUGAGUCGGAGUACACCCCCAGUGUCUACUCUCGAGCUACCUUUAACCCAUCUACGAUGUCGAACGUUCCACCGGUCCCAGCGAUCCCAGCAGAUGUCUCGAAAUCGGCAGUCUGGAAGCCUGGCAAUGAUGCCAGUCAGAUGAACGGCCAGCAGUUUCCAUCUCGUCCCAGGCACGACACACUCGACUCUGCAGGCACUGCCUUCGAGGAUGAUGAGUCUCCGGUGAGGCCAAAGGAGCGGAUAACCUCCACAGCUACCGUUUUCGAAGAAGACGAGAUCCCACUCCGCUCGAAGGAGAUGCGGUCGCACGCACUGUCUAUCGACACUGCGUCAGUGGUCCCGACACCCAGGAGAUCGCAAGGAUGGUGGAACUUCAUCACAACGCCAUUUGAAUUCACCCGUGCAAACUCGACGUGGACACAGAACGGACGACAUGCCGACCAAACGCCUGAUAUCCCCAUGAUGCCCCAGCAGAUGAACCGAGCGGUAGAUUCGCCAUCGACCCCUUCGACGUAUAUCUGGUCGGCCACAGAGAAGAGCCCGUCUGAUGACGGUAGAUCGCUCAACAUGACGAUCGCUUUGUCGACAGCACUCGCCAACCAGUAUAGCAACGAGAAGUCGUCGUUUGGCGAUGUUGGUAACAACAAAGGCUUGUCUGAUUCGUUCCAACCCACCAACCAGACCAGAGCGAACGAAAGGGCCUUCAAUGCCAGCGAACCAGUCAAGACGUCUGGUGAUGAAGAUCGUCAACAACAAUCGAAAGCAAUUGCUCACGAUGACACGAAUGUGACUUCGCCUCUGUCCGCCAUGUCUGCGUCUCCCGUUAUAGGCACUGCGGCGAUUGGUACCGUUCUCAAUGCCCGACAGAUCCAAGAGCCACCGCAGCAGUACCAGGCUUUCCCACCUCCACCGCCCAUCACCAUUCACAUCGAGAUGCAUGAUAGGACCCGCGAGGGAGGCGUUGAGACGUCAAAUGCCAACUCACAGCGGACGAUUGCUCCAGCCUUUGAGUCAUCAAAUUCAAAUGCAUCGUCCAACGCACCGACACAAACCAUUACAUAUUUCCCACCUCCACCGCCAGCUCGAUCGCCCCAGCAUACACCACCACCGCAGAUUUACGGCAUGGUCGGUACACAACGUAGCAGCCCUGCUCCUAUAUCACAACCACCACCGGAAUUCCUGCCACCACCUCGCGUUGCGUAUAGUGCUCACAAUACCUCUGACAACCACAACAGCCGAUCGAGCACGCCCGUAUCGGAGGACGUCAAACUCAAGAAGCAGAAGCCGAAGAAGCAUAGGAAGGUCUUCAACCUGAUGGAGUGGCUGCCCUGGAAGAAGCGAGCGGACAGCGACAAGGACCCGAAAGCGGAGAAGAAGAGCAAUCGACGCCGGAAGUUGUGUUUGGGCUGCUGCUGCUGCAUCAUCAUCCUCAUUCUUCUCGCCAUCAUCAUUCCCAUCAUCGUGGUUGUGGUAGGCCGGAACUCGAACCACAAUAAUAACAAUAAUAACAACAACAACGGCAACGGUAACGGCAACUCGGAUAAUGCACCAGAAGCUGCGCCGCUACAGCCAGGGCAGUGGAUGAAUCUGACGGGCUACCCACCGAUACCUACGGGAAUCUCCACGAUAUCUCAGCCCGAAGCUGUGGACGCUGAAAAGGGAUGUGUAGCUACGUCCACGAUCUGGAGCUGUGCUAUCCCUAAGGAUGAUCAGAAGACCGACAGCCGCAACAAGCCAGACCAGCCGAACCUCAAGAUCGAAAUCACAUUCGAAAACGGCACGGUUCGUGAUCCCUCGAAGACGCUUCCAGCCCGUAGAGCCGUCAACCCUGUAUCAGCAGGUGCCCUUGUCCGAUCAAGGUUCUUAAACAGUAGGGCAGAGGCCUCAGCCGUUCCAGCUCCUCCAAGCACUGCAGACUACAAUUUCCUUGGAAACACCACGGACGCGAACCAGCAGCCCUUCGAGGGCGAGGAGACUCCCUUCUUCGUCACUCUCCUGAACCCGGACUCUCAGAAAGCCCAGUCACGCCGCCUUGCUCUUCGCGCCGACAGCGACCCAGCCUCCAACAUCACCAGCGGCAUCCCCGAUCCCUCACUGGACCCAGACGGCACCGCCGCAGCCGCAAAUCUCUUCCCGACCGCCUCGCACCAACCGCUCCGACUCUUCAACCGCGGCAAGCCUGACGAACACUACGGCUACUUCGUCUACUACGACCGCUCCAUCUUCCUGAAGGACAUCUCGCGGAACUUCACCAACGGCGGCAACCCGGCCGACGUGGACGGCGGGUCUCGCAAGGACGCCGCCACCCUGCGCUGCACAUGGUCCCAGACGCGGUUCCUCGUGCAGAUCUGGACACGCAGCCAGGCUUCCAAGCCUCUGCUGCGCUCAGGCAGCGGCGAGUCUACGGAUCCGCUCAUCAGGCCGGGCACGUUCCCGUAUCCAGUCACGGUGAUGCUGGACCGCCACGGCGGGAGGGCGGACAAGAAGAUGGUGUAUUGCUACAAGAUGGAGAAGGACGGGACGAUCGUGAACAAGGAGGAGAACAAGAGCUUCGUGCUCGAGGACCGGAGGUUCGGUGGCACGCUUGUCAAUCCUGCGCGAGGCAUCUCGCAGAACGUCCAGGGGCCUGUGGAUGGCGGGACGGGAGGGUGCGCGUGCAAGUGGCAGAAUUGGAGUACUGCUUGAGAUGGCGGAUCCGUCGAUGCGGUCAUCGUCGUCAAUCUAUCGUCAGAUUCGGUGGCAUCGCUUCUGGUUUUAUCAUUACCACCAUUAUUUGGUUUUCCUUUGUUUCAGACAUUCUUCAUGCAGAGUAAGCAUAUGUGCAUAUGGGCGGCGUCUCUCGGUUGCAUUGGUACUGGAUUCCCCGUCACGGGAAAGAUGGAAAAAAAGAGAAACAGGUCAUGAUACGGCCAACACACGGUCAAGGGACCGAUCAUUGUAUAAAAACGAUCACAUUCGAUAAAGGGAUCGAAGGACCACUGGAUGAUCCAACGAUUCGAUACCCGUAUAUUCUUUUACUGGAUUUGAGGUAGAAUGAGGAAUAGUAAUUAAAGUUAGAUAGUAAUAAUGAGAGAGAAAGCUUGCGAACAAUAACGGCUUGGAUUUUCUGAUCUUGUGAUGAGCAUUACCAUUGGCGGCGGGUUUGUCUGUGUACUGCG